AUGCAGAAGAUAACAAAUAAUCAAUAUGUUGUCUUUAAGCAUCAAGAUGAAUGGCAAGAAGGAAGAAUAGUUGAUUAUACGACUUUUGAAAACAAAAUUAUCUAUAAUAUAUAUUCACUUAAGUAUUGUAAAAGUUUCAGUGUUCAGGAGCAUAUUCUGAUCUCAUCUCCUGAAAAUAUUAAAAGAGUUUUAAAAGAUUCAAAUGCGGUUAGAAUAACAAAAAACGAAACUUUUUUAGAAAUUUUAAAUUAUGAUGAAGCACAAUCAAAGAUUGGAUUGCGCUAUUCGUGUCUCAAUUUUACAUUACAAAAAAUAUUAGAAUUAUUCAUUGCACACUUGAUAGAUAAUAAAUUAUACUUAACAAAGGAAGAAAUAUUUUUAAGCAUAGAAGGGCUUAAAGAUAUUAUUAAAGAAAUACAGGGAGAAAUAAAUUAUAAAUUAAUAGAUGAGGAAGGGGUUAUUGGGUGCUUAAAAUUAUGUUAUCUAACUGUCAACUAUUUAUUAACGAAUGAAAAUAUAUUGGAGGUUAAGAAUUUCGUUCAAAUGUUUUGUGUCUAUCUUCUAGAUUUUUUACUCGUAAAUAUUAAUUUAUUUUAUGACAAAAAUAUGUAUAUAUAA